CUGGCGCGGGAAGCUCUGCGACAUCCUGAUCCUUUAGCCUUGUCACGAAAACACAUUUUGAGCUUCAGCCUAAAUUCAUCACCAUUUACUAACGCAGUAUUUACACGACAAACGUUAAAGUUCAGCAUCGCGGCGAUUAACAUCAAGGUAACUUAGUGUAGCAUCUGUGAUUUAGCAUUUUCGUCUGAUCUAACUGAGAUAUGAUGCGUAAGAAGAAGCGAUCAUCCAUAACAGUGGAUGAAGAUCCCACUCUUGACAUUUCUAAAGCAAAAAAGACCAAGAGCAGUGGACGAUCCACAAAGUCUUCAGUUCAGAACUCCUGCCAGGACUCAGUUUUUGUUCAGUUUCUAAAGGAAUCAGGAGUCACUCUGACAUCUGGCAGUACAGCUAAUGAAAUAACUGUAGACCAAGUUAUUUUCCAGAAGCGACUGCAGCAGCGUUUACGAAAAAAUCCCAGAUUCCCCAAUAUAAUUCAGGAGUUUAUUUCUGCACUGGAAACGUACAUUGAAGAGCCAGAGAGAUUCAGAAACUGCCUGCUGCCUUGUGUGCCGGCACACACUUCACAGCAGGAUACUAAUUCCAGUUCCUAUCAGGAAAGUCUGGUACGCUUGUUGCUCGGAAUAGAAAUGCUGCAGACUCUGGUCAUAAACACUUUAUUCGAAAAGCUUCCAGAAUUCAUGUUUGAAGGAGCGAGUGAGGACGGCCUCAAUGUUCCCCGUCUCAUAGUAAACCAGUUAAAGUGGCUGGACCGAAUCGUAGACGGCAAGGAUCUGAGCAGUAAGCUGAUGCAGAUGGUGUCUGUGGCUCCAGUGGAGAUUCAGCGAGACAUUAUUACCAGCCUUCCAGAAAUCCUGGAGGAUUCACAGCAUGGAGACAUGGCCAAAGAGCUGAAUGGUUUACUUCAGCAGAACACUCAACUCGCUGUGCCUAUUUUGGAUGCUUUAUCCAGCCUGAAUCUGAGUUACGCCCUACUGUCCGAGGUGCGUGAGGCAGUAAUGGGAACUCUCUCUGCUGUGCAGUUGGAGGAUCUUCCAGUUGUGGUGAAGUUUGUCUUGCACUCCAUCUCUGCAUCUGAUGCUAAUGAGGUGGUGUGUGACCUGCGGAAAAAGUUGGAACUGGAGCAGUGUGUCUUACCAGCAGUGCUACAGGCCUCUCAGAGCCGAAUGAAAAACAAAACCAUGUCAAGGUCCUCCAGUGUCCCAUCAUGCAGCAGUGGUCAGGAUAGUGUGGCUUUGAUUCUAGACGUCAUAAAGUCAGCGAUCCGCUUUCAGAAGACAAUCUCAGAAGCGUGGCUAAAGGCUAUAGAGAAUGUUGACGAAUCAGAGGAUCAUAAGGUGGUUGAUCUGUUGGUGCUGUUCAUUCUUCACUCCACUAAUGCAAACCACAGUCGUCGUGGGGCGGAGCGAGUGCUCAAGGUCAAAGUUCGCAAGGGCCUGAUUCAGGAAAGUCUCCUGCAGAAGACCUUUAAGGGCCAUGCUCAGGUGAUGCGGGGUUAUUUCCCAUCCAUCCUGGCUCUGGCUCAGGGACUCUUGCGUUCCCCAGACUGCUGUGUGGUGCCUUUUGGGGGUCACAUGUACAAACAGGCCUUCACUGCCUUUGACUCCUACUGUCAGCAGGAGGUUGUGGGCUCUCUGGUCACACACGCAUGCAGUGGUGUGAGUGGUGAAGUGGAUGUGGCUCUGGAGCUGCUAUGUGAGCUUGUGUCUCAGAAACCAGCAGAGAUGAGCCAGUUCACUGUGUUUGUGAAGGGUAUUCUGGAUUACAUGGACAACCUGACCUCACAGCAGAUCAGACGACUCUUCCACCUGCUCAGUCGCCUGGCAUUUGGGCAGGAGCAGCAUGGAGGACACAUCCAGGAUGACAUGCACAUCGUCAUCCGCAAGCAGCUAUCAAGCACUGUGCCCAAGUACAAGCGCAUUGGUAUAAUUGGGGCAGUUAUGAUGGUGGGCAGUAUGGGGGCCUGCAGAAAUAAACAUGAUGGCUCUCAGGGUGGCACGUUACCCAAAGAGACAAACCGACAGGUGAUGGCUCUGUUGGAGCUAGUGCGCUCGUGCAGUGAGAGUUCACCUGAAGCUGCUGCUCUCUGUUAUGAUGAACUGGCCAACCUGCUGCAGACCUGCAAACUGGACCCUCUAGUGCAGGCAUGGAUCGGGAAGAGUGUGUUGGAGGAUUUUCAGGAUGACUUUGUUGUAGACCUUGGACCAGAUAUAUCAGGGGAGUUCAUGUUUCAAAGCUCUGUGCUAUAUAAUUUGGAUGAGGAUGAGAGUGAAGGGGGAAUCGCCAUCAAUCUACUUCCUCUUAUGGCUCAAGACCAGCAGCACAAAACAGACGCAUCGCAACCAGCUGGAGUCAAGAGAGAGAGGCGUGUGUCUCCUCUGUGUCUGUCUCCAUUUUUCCGCCUGCUAAGGCUGUGUGAAGAAGUGCAACACGAGGGCGACCUGGAGGAGAUUGAUGCUCUGCUAGGCUGUCCAUUGAUCUUGACCGAUAUGGAGGUGGUGGAGAAGGUGGACAGUAUGUCUAAAUCUGAGAGGGAGUUUCUCUGUUCUCUGCUCUUUCACACCAUCAACUGGUUCAGAGAGGUGGUGAAUGCGUUUUGCAGGCAGAAUGAUCCUGAGAUGAAAAUGAAGGUUGUAACUCGUAUCCAGAACAUCACUUACCUACAGAGUUUACUGCAGAGGUGCUUAGCAGCUACACCAGGCUACAUUCCUCCUCAAGCUAACUUUGAUGGAGAUAGUGCUGAUGUGAUGAUACCAUCUUCAGUCGUGCAAUCAAAGAAAGGAAAGAAAGAGUCAUCUGGGAAGAAGAGGAAGGCCUCAGCGAGUAAAAACUCCUCUGGUGACAAGUCACAGCUAGAGGGAGCUACAGAUGCAGAGGAGUCCCAACCGGAUCCUCCAGAGAAAGAGAAUGAGAAGGAAAAGGAAAAGGAUGGAAAAUCAGGGGUCAGUCUGUUUUCUUACUGGCCGUUCUUCAGAGAAUUGGAUGUUGAAGCUCUGAGUGUGCUGCAGUGUGGACUUCUGUCACGGACACUACUGGACACUGAGCUGCACAGUAAGUUGAGGGAGGAAGUGCAGUUGGGCCCUGCUGAGUUGCUUUUCUUGCUGGAGGACAUGUGGCGUAAACUGGACUUCAGUUUAACAUCCGCUCCAGCCAAAAAGGCUCCAUUUCUCAAAAGUAAGACAGACAGAGCGGUGGGCUUUGCUCAUUUGCAACAGAAGAAUUCCAAAGAAAUCGCUACCUGCUGCAGUGAUCUGCUGCCCACACUCUGCACGCAUCUGGAGAACUGCCACAAUCAUUUCCAGACACUUCUGACUGAGAAUCAGGGUGUGGUUGACGCUCCUAAUGUGGAUGUGAAGGAAAAUCAGCUCAUGUGUUCAGCCUAUCAGCUCCUACUGCAAGUGCUUCAUACCACGUUUAGCUGGGCUGGUUUUUCCAUUCCGGAGAAUCGUGCUUUGCUGAAAAGCUCUCUGGGAAUCCUGGCCGGACGGCUGAAGGAAGAAGAGACAGAACUGACCCUGGAUCAGCUCAGCAGGCAUGCUUUUGAGUACCUGCAGAACUUCAGAAGCACCGUGCCCAGUCUGAACACAGCCCUGUGCUUGACGCAGCUGCUCAUUGUGUUGUCUCAGUAUGGAGGAUCAAAUCACAGGACCUACAGAGAACAAAUCACAUCCCUGACAAAGCAUUUCCUCUGUCAGGAAUGGGUUACAGCGAGUGGAGAAAAAGAGAGAGGAAACAAAUACAACGAGACUCUUCAAACUCUCCUCAGUGUUUAUCUGGAGCACACAGAUGAUGUUCUGAAGGCGGUGGAGGAAAUAGCUGGUGAAGGGGUUCCGGAGCUGCUGAACGCGGCUAAAGAUGCCAAUUCUCGCAGCUGGCCGACACUCAACAGGCAGACAUUCCUGGUGUACUACAAAUGCAUGAUGUCAGAGCUAGAGAGAGCGGUGCGCAAGAUUCCUGCCAGCAAACAGAUGGAUAAUCAAGAGAUGCAGAGUGAGAAGCUCUUAACCUGGAAUCUGGCUGUACGUGAUUUUCACAUCCUCAUAAACCUGGUCAAGAUGUUUGACAGCAGACCUGUACUCACUGUGUGUUUAAAGUACGGUCGUCUUUUUCUGGAGUCCUUUCUCAAGCUUGGAAUGCCUCUGCUUGACUACAGCUUUAAAAAACACAAGGAGGACGUCCAGGGUCUACUAAAGACCUUCCAGCUCAGCACUAGACAACUCCAUCACAUGUGUGGCCACUCAAAGAUUAGGCAAGACACAGGGCUGACCAAUCACGUGCCAGCAUUGAAGAAAAGUCUGGAGCAGUUUGUGUACCGUGUGAAAGCCAUGCUCACUCUCAAUCACUGCCAGGAGGCUUUCUGGCUGGGGAACCUGAAGAACAGAGAUUUAAAGGGUGAAGAGAUUCUCUCUCAGAGGUCACAGGCAGCUGAUGAAGAGGAGGAAGAGUCCUCUCAGGUACAGAGCGAAGCAGAGGAGAGUGACUCUGAUGAGAGAAAUGAUGGACAGGAAGAAAUGGAGGAAUCAGAUGAAUCAGACUGAAGUACACUAAUGUUGAUUUAUUGUUGCAUCCAAUAUAUAUUUUUUCCUUUCUAAUGUUAAAUGGACAAAAAGGCUGAUGUGUAUUGUUCAGUUAACUAUAAUCAAGUGGUUUUCUUGAGAAACUAUUUGUGUUUUCAUAUUUUAGGAUAUUUGUUUGUUGCCGUUUGCUGACAUAUUUUAAUAAAAAUGUAAAUGUUAAUAAUAAA